AUGGUUUGCUCUUUCAAGUCCCUCGCGCUUCUCGCGCUAGCGGUUGCGUCAGUGUCGACGCCCGCUUUGGCCCAAUUGGACCCUGCGUCCGUGGCCUUUGCCGCCAAUGCAGCAGCCCCGUCGACCCCUGAACACGACCCCGUGGAGAGCACUCCUGACCAAGCGCCACCCUCCGAAGCCGAUGAGGGCAUGAACGCAGUCGUCUCGGACAGCGUGAGCAACGUGGUGACCGAGACGAAAGUGGACGCUCCGGACGUGGAACCAGAGACGCCCGAGAUUGAAGCUGGGUGGCGCCCGGUCGGCCAAAAUGGCGCACCGGCAGCACCGACUCCAGUCGACGAGCCAACCCCGAGCCCGGACGAGGGCCCGACACCUGCGCCAGUGCCCGAGUCUUCUGCUUCGGGGGCUGUUCCGCGUGCGACUGCUCUAGUGGUCGUGGCGUCCGUCGCGAUCACUGGAUUCUUUAUCUGA